AUGGGAGAUACCGGAAGAGGCUUUCCGACCUACUGUAGAUGUGGCACACGAGUCGUACGGCUCACAUCAAAAACCAUAACUAACCCGGGGCGUCUCUUUCACAAAUGUCCCUAUGGCGAUGAGAACAAUCGUCACCAUUUGUUCAAAUGGACAGAUGAAUCAAUGGUUGAGGAUAUGAAGCAAAAAUUUGAUGAAAUUGAGAGAGCUUCAAGCACCAUUGAGAAGGGUUUACAAGUUUGUGAAUCUGAGAUGGAAUCUCUUGCAAUCGAAACUCGCACUUGUUGCAGUGUGGUUAGCGGUUAUGAGAAGGAGCUAAGAGGAUUUGAAAAGGAGAUUGAAGAUGUCAAGAUGGAACUGAGGAGCUUGAAGAACAUGGUUGUGCGUGUUGUAGUGUUUGGUCUUUUGUAUAAGCUCUUUAUGUAG